CGGUAUUUCAGUGGUUGAGGUGGGGCUGUCAGAACUUGAUCUUCAGCGGCGCCGCCAUCAUGACGACGACCACACAGGCCGCCCUCGCUGUGCAGGACUUGACCACGCUAGACGUGAAGACGUUGACUCCACUGACGCCUGACGUGAUCUCUCGUCAAGCGACCAUCAACAUUGGGACGAUCGGUCAUGUCGCCCACGGUAAAUCCACGGUCGUGAAAGCAAUUUCGGGUGUUCAAACCGUUCGAUUCAAGAACGAAUUGGAACGUAACAUUACGAUCAAGCUUGGGUAUGCCAAUGCCAAGAUCUACCGAUCGGAACCACAAGCACCGAAGGUUGCUGCGUCGGAUGACGUCGCUGCAGCCCCGGCGGCCCCCGCUGGCCCCAUGUACUCUGCAUUUGGCAGUUCUAAACCCGACAGAUUUACCGACGACAAGGGUGUGACGUGGGCUCUCCAGCGCCACGUCAGUUUUGUGGAUUGUCCCGGUCACGAUAUUCUCAUGGCGACGAUGUUGAACGGUGCUGCUGUCAUGGACGCCGCGUUGUUGCUGAUUGCAGGUAACGAAGUGUGCCCGCAGCCCCAAACGUCGGAACACUUGGCUGCCGUCGAAAUCAUGCGCUUGCAAAACAUCAUUAUUCUCCAGAACAAGGUCGACUUGAUCAAGCCGGAUGCGGCGAAAGCGCAGCACGAGCAAGUGAAGCAGUUUGUCGCGGGGACGGUUGCUGCCAACGCUCCGAUCAUCCCGAUUUCCGCCGUGCUCAAGUAUAACAUCGACUUGGUGUGCGAACACAUUGUCCGAAACAUCCCGAUUCCGCUUCGUGACUUUACGAGCAAGCCCAAGCUGAUUGUUAUUCGUUCGUUCGACGUCAACAAACCAGGACAGGACGUCGAGUCGUUGGAAGGCGGAGUUGCUGGUGGUUCGAUCCUGCAAGGGGUGCUCCGUCUCGGUGACGAAAUUGAAGUGCGACCAGGUAUUUUCUCCAAGGACGACGAUGGCAAGGUCAACUGCACGCCCAUUUUCAGCCGCAUCGUGUCGUUGAAGGCCGAAAAGAACGACUUGCAGUACGCCGUGCCCGGUGGGCUCAUUGGUGUCGGCACGCUGAUCGACCCAACCCUGACGCGGUCGGAUCGGUUGGUCGGCCAAGUGUUGGGGUUGAAGGGCAGCCUGCCUGACGUGUUUACAGAGCUCGAAAUCAACUUUUACCUCCUUCGGCGUCUCCUCGGUGUCAAAACGACGGAAGGGUCGAAGGGGUCGCGCGUCGAGAAGCUCACCAAGGCCGAAGUCCUCAUGAUUAACAUUGGGUCGACCACGAGUGGCGCCAAGAUUCAUGCCGUGAGGGCAGAUUUGGCCAAGAUUGUCCUGACGCAGCCCGUGUGUACACAAGAAGGCGAAAAGAUUGCGUUGAGUCGCCGAAUUGACAAGCAUUGGCGACUGAUUGGGUGGGGCGAGAUUCGGCGCGGCACCAAGAUUGAAAUCGCAUAAGGAGCAGCAACCCGGUAGCCAGAGUAGGAGUGGCCAUCCAACCACACCGUCAUCAAUGGAUCAUUUAGACAUAUUCAACUGUGCCA